AUCCGCAUGCAUUCUGUAUCCCGGCUUACGGUAGCGAGUGAAGAUCCGAUGCCUCCGCCGUACCCUACCUCAGCGGCAUUUGCGGCCGCAGCCCACGCCUUCGUGAACAAGUAUCCACGUGAGCGGGGUGCGGGCCUCGGUCCCGACCGCACGAACGCGGGCUGGGAGUGGCGCACGACGAGUGAUCGGGUGAGCGCAGCAUACGCGCGCAAGACGAUGACGGGGCUGAUCCUAGUUCCGGGGCGAGCAGGGGUAUCUCGCGCGACGGACGACGCUGUGGCUCGCCCCUGACGAAGAGGCGGGCAGCGAAGACGAGGAGGAGAUGCUGGAAGAAGACGACGACGCGGUGGCGCCGCCGCCCCCGCGCCGCCUCGAGGUCG